AUGUCGUCGGUGUUCGGCAAGCCCCGAGCGGGCAGCGGGCCGCACAACGUGCCCCUCGAGGUCAACCUGGCCAUCCUGGGGCGCCGCGGGGCGGGCAAGUCUGCCCUGACUGUGAAGUUUCUCACCAAGAGGUUUAUCAGCGAAUAUGACCCCAAUUUGGAGGACACCUACAGCUCCGAGGAGACUGUGGACCACCAACCCGUCCACCUGAGGGUCAUGGACACUGCAGACCUGGACACCCCCAGGAACUGUGAGCGCUAUCUGAACUGGGCCCAUGCCUUCCUGGUGGUCUAUAGCGUCGAUAGUCGCCAGAGUUUUGAGGGCAGCAGCAGCUACCUGGAGUUGCUGGCCUUGCAUGCCAAGGAGACUCAGCGCGGCUACCCUGCUCUGCUGCUGGGCAACAAGCUGGACAUGGCCCAGUACAGGCAGGUCACCAAGGCUGAGGGAGCGGCUUUGGCAGGCAGAUUCGGGUGCCUGUUUUUUGAGGUCUCUGCCUGCCUGGACUUUGAGCACGUGCAGCACGUCUUCCAUGAGGCAGUGCGGGAGGUACGGCGGGGGCUGGAGAAGAACCCCAUGGCCCGGCCCCUCUUCAUCUCUGAGGAGAAAGCCCUGUCUCACCAGACCCCGCUCACAGCCCGACAUGGGCUGGCCAGCUGUACUUUCAACACUCUCUCCACUAUCAGCCUGAAGGAGAUGCCCACGGUGGCCCAGGCCAAGCUGGUCACUGUGAAGUCAUCCCGUGCCCAGAGCAAGCGCAAGGCACCCACCUUGACCCUACUGAAGGGCUUCAAGAUCUUCUGAGGACCCUUCUACGGGAAAUUUAGGCUUCACUGAUGCUCGGGGCUGCAGGGCAGGAGCUGGCUUGCCCUCUGCUGAACCAACGGCCCUUAUGCUCUGGUAGAUAGCAGACUCCACCUCCAGCACCAAGCAGUCUCUACAUGCUCACUGUGUGAGCCAGGGGACAGGCGGGGAUGCUGCACUGAGUGCCUCCAGGCCUUGGGCUCCAUGGUAACCUUUGCAGCCACCACCCUGGAGAGAAACUGUCCCGUUACAAGUCAGAGAUCUGGAAUCGGCUGCAAGCAGAAAGAACUGCCGUGCAUAUCCUGUGCCAUGACUUCUGCCUGCUUCAGCCCCUGAUAGGUCAGCUGCAGCCCCUGUUCAAAGCUUUGUCUAUGUGAAGGCGGCUAACAGUUUAUAGGGUGGCUGGCCCUGAGGUCCUACUGUCUCCUGAUGGUAGAAAGAGGUAGGGCAGUUGUUCAGAGGCCCAGAGCUGAUGCCUCCUGUGUCUUCUGACCUCUCAAAACCCCAGGCUACAAACCUUAGAAGAGCUUAUCCAAGAAAAAUCCAGUUAAAAUAAUCCUGUGAAAGCCUGGACAGGGCAUUGAACGGGAUGGGAGCAUUUCAACUCUCGCUCUCAGUGAAGGGUGCAGAAAGGGGCUUUGGGUUCUACAGGCUAGGGAGCCUCUAGCAUUUUUCCCCACCAGCAUUUGGGGGACUCUUGUGUCCACUUUAUUAGUAGACCCCCAGGACCCCCCUUCUUGAGCUUAAUCACUAAGGCUGCAGAAAGUCAUCCUGCCCAGUGAUGGUCCCCAGGGGGUCCACAGCUGGCGGGAACAGACACCCCCUGGUGGGCACCAUAGGUGCAGUCUGGUCUGGUUGGACCUAGGACCCUCAGCAAUGGAGCUGAGUGUUCAGAGCCCCUUUUGGGGAGCGAGAUCCCUAAGUGUUUGGGAUUAAUAAGGUGGAUUUUUGCACCAACCAUUUGGUGUUCUACCAAGUCCCAGAUGUGAGAAGGCUGAUGGGCAGGGCUACAUCUGUUUCACUGUUUACCACAAACUAAAUGAGCUGGUUCAAGAGGGGGCAUUAGAAGAACUGAGCCGGGCAUCCUCACCUAGGAAGCCUGCUCCUUCGGCUCCCAGCCAACAGGCCAACAGACCCAGGAGCUUGGACUGAAAUGUCUCUAACCCAGUCUUCAGCUCUGUUCUAUUGCUGGAGAUGCUGAGGCCAUGGGGAGCAUGUGCUACAAGGUCUGGUCCUGUGACCUGACCAACAGGCCAGCUCUGAACUUUGUACUUUCUUAUUUUUUUAAA